AGAGAGAGAGAGAGACAUUAUACGGAUAGUCCGAUCAUUAAAAUACAGUGCUAAAAGUGAAUUUUGAGUAUUAUCAUCCCUAUGUGGAGGAAAUAGUUGUACUCGUAGUUGGAUUUUCUUACGUCGAUGGUAUUACGACAAUUGUGCUUGAGUUCUAUCAUCCAAAGAAUUGCUUGGAAAGUGACAACGGCAUUUUUAUAAACCCGCACUCAUCGUGUGCACAAUGGCGCAAGUUAUGCAGUAUCAACAGAUGUGCAUGCCCACGAUAUCGCCCAUGCCAGGCAUGGCCCCCAUCUCCUCUAUGUCGAUGUCGAUGCAUCAGCAGCAUCACCACCAUCACCCAGCGAUGGACUUUAACAACGCUGCAGCAGCGGGCCUCCACUAUCAGGCCUACGGCAGCUCCGUAAGCUCCGGUCAACUCCAUCACCACCACCAUCAUCACCACAUGAGUCUGAACCAGGGCGGGCAGCCCUCGGCCUACUGGUUCCCAACCGCCAGCAGCGUUCACGGCCAGAUGCCCGAGGGCCUUGCCGCACCCGCCUAUACGUCCGCGAGCUCCGUGACGCCGACCUGGUCCGUCCAGUCCCAACUUCCCAGUGGCCUUUCCCAGAUCCAGCAUUACUCGCUGCCGCCCACGCCACCGGAGCUCCCGGCUAGCCCGCAGUCCCAGCUCUCGGCAUACCAGUGGCCGUUGAGCCCGCCCGCUGAUCACGUCCUCGGCGUCGUCGUGGAAGUCGAGUCGAAGGCGGCCGCGGUCAGGAAGUCGACGCGUUGCCGUUGUCCCAACUGUCAAGUCGACGGUGGCAUGGCCCAGCUUGGUAGCGACGGCAAGCGUCAGCACGUUUGCCACGUGCCUGGCUGCGGUAAAAUUUACGGGAAAACCUCGCACCUUAAAGCCCAUCUGCGCUGGCACACGGGCGAGCGGCCCUUCCCAUGCAACUGGCCCUUCUGCGGCAAGAAGUUCACCAGGAGCGACGAGCUACAGAGGCAUCUGCGCACCCACACCGGCGAGAAGCGCUUCUCUUGCCCGACCUGCGCCAAGAGGUUCAUGAGGAGCGACCACCUCACCAAGCACAUCAAGACGCACGAGAACCAGAAGAGGAAGAGCGCCAAGAAGGAGGCCGUCGCUGCUGCCAGCAACAAGGAGAACAGCCUCCCCGACCUCAAGGAUCUCAAGCAUAAGUCACAGAGUCCGACAAUCGUUUCGCAACAGCAGCAGCAGCAACAGCAGCAACAACAACCGCAACAGAAUCAUUACAACAGCCCCAAUUGCAGUACCCUGUUUCACACGUCACCGGACAUUAUCACCUCAAUCAUCUUAAUCAUCAUCAAAUGUUACACAGCUCCAUGA